AAUAGUUCCUCAGCAAUGAGCGCUAAGUUCUUCGUUACCGUCGCUUCUGGCGCUUCAGCGCUUGUGAUCGUCGCCAGUUUGAUCUGUGUUGGAAUGCUUUUCCAAGAUAUCAACAAUCUCUACGACGAUGUUAUGGAUGAUAUGCAAGAAUUCAAGAUGAUUGCCAAUGAAGCCUGGAAAGAGAUGGUCAUCCCAACCCCAUCAUCCAAGAUGAGCGACAUUGCCGGAACUAUCUUCGGACGUGACAAACGUGCUGCCGGUAGCUGCCAGUGCGGCUCUCAGCCUAACAACUGCCCACCGGGACCACCAGGACCACCAGGACCACCUGGAAAGCCUGGAGACGAUGGACCUAAGGGAGAUGAUGGAAAGCCAGGACUCCCCGGAAUUUCCCUAUUCUCACCCAAAGAAGUACCCGGCUGCAUUCAGUGCCCAGCCGGACCACCUGGACCACCAGGACCUGAUGGACCAGCCGGACCAGCCGGACCCGAUGGACAACCAGGAGCACCUGGAGCACCCGGUCAGAAUGGACAACCGGGACCAGCAGGACCGGUCGGAGAUGCUGGAGAGGCUGGACCAGCUGGACCAGCUGGAUCGCCUGGCGCACCAGGAAAGAAUGGACAACGCGGACGUGGAAAGCCAGGACCACAAGGACCCGCCGGACCUCAGGGACCACAGGGACAAGCCGGAGCACCUGGACAGCCUGGAGCACCUGGACAACCCGGAGCACCAGGACCUGCUGGACCAGCCGGUAACGAAGGACAGCCCGGAGCACCCGGACAAGAAGGACCCGCAGGAGGACCAGGACUUCCUGGAUCCGAUGCCGCCUACUGCCCAUGCCCACCACGUACCGCCAAUGUGGAAUCGAGCCCACAGUCUCAGGGUGGCUACAGACGCCGUUUCUCCAAGAUCUAAACGAUCUUCUAGACUUUACACACAUACCUCACUAGAAG